AUAUAAAAAUUUUAUCUAUAAAUUUUCAAACAAUCGAUUAUCGAAGAUAGAAGAAUAAAUUUCGAUUUAUCGAUAGGAAAACAUUUGUCUUUGUGCUUACAGAGAAUGACAGUUCUAUAAGCAAGUAGUAUGCAAGUAUGUACGAAUACUUAUUCCACUGUCAGAUAAUCCACGUGAUGAUCAAAAAUUUAUGGUUAUUUUUUUGAUUUUUCUGUUUCAUUCUAUCGAGUGUAAUUUAAAGUAUUCUGAUUAUUUUCUUUUUCAUUAAUGUCAUGACUACAUAUCAUGGAUAAUAAAGGAAAACCGAUUGGUAAAGAUAUAUGUACUAAUUGAAGACAUCUAAUGCAAAGUGAUUUUCCUAUUACGUGAAAUGACUUAUUCACUGUAAGAAUUUUUUUGAAUGAUUAAGAAUGCCAUAUAAGUAACGUGUCAAUCUAUCAUUAUUUGACAUAUUACAUCUAAAUAUUUUUUGCAACGAUUAAUUAUUAUUAAAUUCUAAAAUUACGUCGUAUAUUUCAUUCGGAAGAAUACCAUUAAUGGAAUCGUAUUUACCAUUAUCAGAAAUUGGAUAGGAAUGUUUAUUAAAUGAUCUCAUAAUUAGUGCAACUAACAUUAACGACGCAAUGGAAAAAUUUGCUAUUGAUUUGGAUAAAGUUUUGGACGAUUUCGAAUUUAACGAAGAUUGUGCAGAACAAAUUGCAUCUGUUAGUCCUGCAACAAAUAAUGCAUCAUCUUCUUCAGUUAAAUGUAAUCUAGAACCUUCAAAUUUAAAAACUUAUAAUUAUCUUCUUAUAGAACCUAAAAAAACCAAUAAAGAAUUUGAUAUUAUAUUACCUUUAGAAAGACAUAAAGAUUUACAACAAAUUAAUACAAAAAGUAAAUGUAUUAGUGAAAAAGAUUCAAUUUCUGAAAAUCUCACUUAUAAUACAGAAGAAUCAACAAUAAAAAAUACAGAUGUAAAUCAGUUUUAUACACAAGAAUGCACAAAUGAUAAUAAUGUGAUACAAAAACAAUCUGUUCCAUCUUAUGAUUCUGAACAGGUUUCUUUGGCAAUAUACAAUGAUAUAUCGCAAAAAACAAGCAUAAUACAGAAGCAACAAAAUAGCAGUAGCAGUCCAAAGAUUGACAAUGGAUAUGAUAAGAAAUUGAACCAAUUUAAUUUGAAACCUAGUGUUAGUAAUGUUUUCAGUAGCUUAAAUGAAUAUAUUAAUGCUCCUCCUGGAAGUUCAGAUUGUAUUAAUUCUGUAUUAGAUAAUUCAGAUACACAAUCUGAUUCGGAAUCUAAAACUAUUUAUCACAUCAAUGAGAUACCUCAUUUAAUUCAGAUUAGUACUAAAGAUAAUGAUAAAAGCAUAGCACUUAAAGAAACAGUUGACACAACUAAUUCAAUUACAGAAGAAUCUAUUUCAAAUCAAGAUGUUAUGAUACCUAUAACUUUAGAGUUACCUAUUACAUAUGAAUCUAGUAUUAAAGAAGAUGUAAAAAAUGUCCAUGUAACAAAUUCAGAAUCAUUAGAAAAUGAAAUAGAACUUUCUAAAGAUAUAAUAAAUAAAGCUUGCACCGAAUUAAGUAAAAAUAUAGAAAUUGAAAAUGAGGAAUCUGAUAGGAUGAAUCAAGAAAAUAAUUCUAUGCUUGAGUGUACCUACAUCCAAAAUGACUAUUAUGAAAAUGAAUCUACAACCAAAUUAGUGACUAAUCAAGAUAGUGAAAAAAAAUUAAGCAUGGAAAAUAUUGAUGAACAUGGGAACAGUUUAAAUCUAGCACAUAAAUCAAUUGGAUUUAGUAACAUUGAUGAUUUAUCAGAAGAAGAACUAACCAAAUAUUUAGCUGAAUUAGAAGAAGAGGAGAAACUAAGAGAAAGCUAUAAUAAACAUGAAAAUACUAUUACUAGAACUCAGAAUGAUUCUCAACAUCAACAAGAUGAGAAUAAGCAAAAGGUUGAAAUUUCUACAGAUAUUUCUAUAAAAUCUUUUAAAAUGAUAGAAUCAGAAUCCAGUGAAAAAUUAGAAAAUAUUUCAAUAACUGAUUGUAAGAAAGAAGAAACAAGUAAAGAAUUAUUAAAUAAUAUAUUAGAAAAACAAAAUGUACAACAUAAUGAUCAAUUAAAUGAAGAUAUACACAAAGAUAUUUUAAAUAAUCCAAAUAAUAAAGAAAUAAAAUUGUUACAUACAACUAAUGUAAUUAAGGAUGACAAGGUAAAAUUAGAAAAUGAAUGUGUGCCUCAUGCAAAAAAUAUUAAAGAUAGUCAAGAACAUUCUAUAUACAGUUUAAAUAUUAAUCAGGGAUCAUUAAGUAAUGAUAAAACCGAAAUACAAUUAAAAGAGCAGAAAGGAAAUUCUGCACAAUAUAGCCAAGCAGGUGAAUUAAAGAUAUCAAAUGAUUUUGAUAAUAUUUCUGAACAAAAAGUGACAUCUGAGGUAAAUGUAUUAAUUGAUAAGACAUCUACAUCUUUGGAAGUUUAUACAAAACCAAAUAUAAGUGAUAUUAAUAAUGAAUCAGAAAAACCAAUACGUCCACAAACAUUGGAUAUUGUUUUAACAAAUAAUAGUAAUGAACACCAAGCACUUGAUUCUACAAGUGAUACUCCAUCCUAUCAAGUACAAUCAGAUAUUGAUGGUACAAAGGAAGAUCAAGGAUCUUCACCAGAUAUUGUAGAAAAUUUUGUACCAGAAUCUGGUCCUGUUUUGGGAAAACAACCACCAUUUUGGGUUCCUGAUAGUGAUGCACCUAGUUGUAUGCUAUGUGAUGUUAAGUUUACUGUACUCAAAAGGCGACAUCACUGUCGUGCAUGUGGAAAAGUGUUGUGUAAUAAAUGUUGUAAUAUGAAAUAUAAAUUAGAAUAUCAAGGAAAUAUUGAUUCGCGUGUUUGCGUUUCAUGUUAUCAACUUCUUACUAAAGCUGAAACAGAACGAGGUAUGGGAGAAUGGUCUUCUGGUUAUUCUACAUGUGUAAAUAAUAAUGAUAUCAAUUCACCCCAGGGGAGACAGCCUAAUCCAAAUAAUCCCAUGGAGUACUGUUCAACUAUACCACCCUUGCAACAGUUAGCUGGCGGAUUGCCUCCACCUCCUACAGUUAUGGUACCAGUUGGAGUCCUUAAAAGGGAAGAUGGUACAAAAAAUCGGCCUGAAAUUUCAAAAUCUGUUAUGUUCAGUGAUGGAAUAAGGCCUGGCUGUGACCUGACAGAACUAGACAUGUCGUGGGAUAUGAAACCACCAUACCGGAAAUCUGGAAGCAAAAGGAUACCUACACCUGGUUCAUCUAUGCCAAGUACUUCUGUCAAAAAACAAAAUCUACCACGUUUGGAUCCAAAUACUGAAAGCUAUGUGCCACAAGAUCCUAAUGCCUUUCCACCAACUGUAACAAUACAUAAAGGACAGGUGUCAUACCAUGCUGUAACGAACGAGAAUCUUCUUUACAAAACAUUGAAAAAUGAAUGUGAACCACCUGUUAUGUUUGCUAUUAAUAGGAAUCUCUAUGCUUAUGUCAAAAUAUUGACUUUAAAUUGUUGCGUUAAUAAAACAUGUUGGAAUGUAACAUCAAAAGGAUUGGAUUGUGUCGGACAAGACGAAGUUAUAUUAUUGAUUGAAGUAUUGCCUGAUGAAACCCGAGUUCCUAAAGAUCUACUUCUUUUCAUUAAUCAAUUACAUCUUGAAGCUAUGAAAGGAAAUACUGUAUCCGAAUUGGGAUUUUCAAUAUAUCAAGGAGGAAAUUUUUUGGAUUCUCGAGAACAUGCAGGAUUUCUAUUUAUUCGACAAACAUUGCAAUGCUUACAAAAAAUCAUAUUACCUCCUGCUCCAUUUCUAAUUGGUCUUUUAGUUCACAGAUGGGAAACACCAUGGGCAAAAGUAUUUCCAUUACGUCUUAUUUUACGACUUGGAGCAGAAUAUCGUUAUUAUCCUUGUCCAUUAUUCUCAGUUCGGUUUCGAGACGCAUUAUAUUUCGAGAUAGGACAUACUGUUAUGAAAGUUUUAGCAGAUUUUAGAAAUUUUGCAUACACGUUACCAGGUGUAAGAGGAUUAAUAAUUCACUUAAAAAAUAGAAUGACGGAUGUAAUGUUUCCAAGAAAUCGAUAUGAUCAAGUGAUUAAAGGUUUAAAUAAUUCAAAUGAUCAUGUAUUAGCAUAUGCUUCAAAUUUUAGCAUUGAUGCCGAUUCACAUUUAGUCUGUAUACAAACUAAUACUGGUGAUGAAAGUAGUUAUCAAACACAAGCAAUAAGUAUCAACAAUAAUCCAAGGACAAUAACAGGCACCAGCUUUAUUGUUAUUAAUGGAGCAUUGAAAUCAUCAAUGGGUCUCUCUGCAAAAUCUAGUAUAGUUGAAGAUGGAUUGAUGGUAGAAAUAAUGCCAGAAAAAAUGGAAGCUUUAAAGGCAGCUUUAAAAAAUAUGCAAGAUUUUUCUAUUGGAUGUGGUCGACAAGGAGCACCUGAACCUGAUGAAACAGUGAAUAUAAAAUGGGUCGAUAAUGACGUGCAAUUUAACUUAGGAGUUAAAAGUCCUAUAGACGGACAACCGAUGGAUGGUAUUCCUUCAAUUAGAGUACAUAAUGGUAUUGAUUAUAAGGGAACAAGUAGAUUCAUUCGGUGGACAGAAGUAUUUAUUAUUAAUUCCGAUGAUCAUCCGAAUGGUGUUUAUGAUCCAGUGGAUAUAAAUAAAUUAUCAGGAAACAUAGCGAAAGCAACGUGUACAGCUUUAGUGAAACUAUUGGAUUUAUUAGCCAAUGCUGGUUUAACAAAACUUGGUGUAAGAACAACUAUUCAUCCCGAUAACGUGGGUUAUGAAGCUGGUAGUGAAGGUAUGAAAUUGCCUCCAAUCUACAUGAACAGUUUGGACAACGAAUUAAUUCAAGUCCUGCAUAAAGCAGCACAAAGCAGUCAAGACACACAUACUGUGCUUGAAUUAAUUUUUUACAUUCUCGACGAUUGAAAUCUUGUUCUGUUCAUUCUUGUUAACGAUUUUAUUAAAAUAACAUUAUAGAAAUAUAAAGGUCGCGAUGUUUGUACACACCCGAAAUGUACAAUUAAAGACUCGUGGAAUCACUGAUAAAUAGAACUUUUAAAGAAAAAAUAUUUUUUAUCUGAGUACUAAUCAUCUAUAUAAAUAAUGAAAUACAAGAACAGCGCUUAUGUGAAAAUAUAUUGCAUUAUGUUCGAACAUAAUUAUAACGAACGAUAAAAAACAAAAAUUGUAAAAUUUAAAGCUAGAAAUGAAAUUUGUUUUAAAUUACAUUAGCUUUACUCCUUAGGGUUCUGGAAUUUGAAUGUGUUUUAAAAAAAAUUAAUAUUAUUACAUUUUUUGUAUAUCAUAUAUACAUAUAAAUUUUAUAAAAAAAAAUGAUAACGGAAAAUCCUUUGCAACUAAAAUCAAAAUGAAAUACUAUUAUUUGUUAUUGUGUAAAUAUAUUUGUUUUUGUUGUUAUUCAUGUAAUAUGUGUAUAAUGAUAGUUAAUAAUACUUUUUUUGUCAAAAAAAUAUUAAAAAUAUUAAUGUAAUAAACUGAAAUAUUUUUAUUUACUUAUCUUCUUGCAUUAUAAUAAAAAACAAAAUUUUAUAUAAAAAUUCUUUGAUAAAAUAUUUUUAAAUAUUUCAAAUUAAUUCGUUUUUUGUAUCAUGUAUGUUAAAUAUUUUUAAUAUUAAUAGUGAGAUAUGAGUUAUUGUACUUUAAAUAGUUAAUUAAGGACUUAAGGUUUAAAGCUAAUUUAAAAUAACUAUUAUAUAAGUAAGUACUAUGAUCAUAACACAAGGAAAUUUAUAAUUUAAUUCAAUAUUAUUUAUUUAAAAUUACAUAAAAUUGAUAAAUUUUCUAAAAUUAUUUAUAGAAUUUUACUUUAUAAAUUUGAUUUUAUAUGUAUCUUGUCAAAUUUUUUUGUUAAUUGAAAUUUUUCUAUUUUAAAUUUGAUUUUAACAAAAAAAUAAAAUCUAUAAUAUUUGAAUAAGAAAAAUUUAAAUAUAAAAAUAUUUAUCAUGAAUAUUUAUAAUAGUUUGCUGAUAAUGAUUUGUAAAUAUGUAUAAAAGUCAAGUACUAUUUUAUUAUAAUUAUAUAAAUUUUCUUUUUCGAAAUAAUUAUUAAUUUAUGGAUAAAAAAUUUUUCUUGCUUUAAAAUACAACAUUUUAAUAGUUUAAUUUUUUGCUCUAUUUUAUAACAUUUUAAUAAAUUAGAUAGCAUUUUAAUAUUUGAUGCUUUGCCAGAUGAGUGGUAGGUACUUAUAUAUCUAAAUUUUAUUGAAAUACCAAAAAUUUAUGAUAAGAAUGUUCAAUUUCAAUUAGCAAGACAGUAAAAAAUACUUUCUCUAUUGUUGUAAUCAAUAUAUGAUAAUGAAUAUAAUAAAUGUUUAUAUUUGUUAUUAAAAAAUUGAAAAGAAAAAAUCCACAUAUUUUAUUAAUAUAUAUAAUUAUAGAAUUUUAUUUUUUAUUGCUUGCAUUGCAAGAUUUUUCUAAAAAAAUGUUUAAUAUAAUAAGCCAUAGAAUCAAGGCAAUUAAAAUAAAUUAAAAUUUACUUGACUGUAAGAAAUUGUAUACAUUAUAUUUAAAACAUUUAAUUCCUUAAUACAAAUUAGUAAAAAAUUUGUAAUUCGAUAGAAAAAUGUGUAAAUAAAUAAAAAAAUUAUGUGGAUAA